AUGGAGAUCGAUAGAGAAGAUGGCAGAACGCCGAAUCAACUGAGACCUCUUGCUUGUUCCCGUAGCAUCCUUCAUCGUCCUCAUGGCUCUGCUAGCUGGUCGCAAGGGGAUACGAAAGUUCUAGCUGCGGCUUAUGGACCUAAAGCAGGAACGAAGAAGAACGAGGAUCCUGAGAAGGCUUGCUUUGAAGUCAUAUGGAAGCCUAAAUCCGGGCAGAUUGGAAAAGUCGAAAAGGAGUAUGAGAUGAUACUAAAAAAGACGAUACAGAGUAUUUGUGUUUUGACAGUUAAUCCUAAUACCACCACGUCAGUGAUAAUUCAGGUUGUACAUGAUGAUGGUUCUCUCCUACCGUGCGCCAUAAAUGCAGCAUGUGCAGCGCUUGUAGAUGCAGGAAUUCCUAUGAAGCAUCUUGCUGUUGCUAUAUGUUGUUGCCUGGCUGAUAAGGGAUAUGUCGUACUCGAUCCAAACAAGCUUGAAGAAAAGAAAAUGACGGCCUUCGCUUAUUUAGUCUUUCCAAAUACAACUCUCUCUGUUCUUCCUAAAGGAUCAUCAGUAGUGGAAGAUGAGCCGGUAGAGCAUGGGAUCAUUACAUCAGUUACAAAUGGAGUAAUGUCAGUGGACGAUUAUUUCCUGUGUGUAGAGAACGGCCGUGCUGCUACAGCUAGUUUAUCUUCAUUUUUCAGGAAGAACUUCCAACAAAGCCAAAAAAAUUCAUCCAAAGCUGGGUGA